CCGUAUCAGCCUGUGUCAGGGCUUUCCACUGCUGCAUUUUGAUGUCGCUCAGGCGGAUCAGAGCUGAUGUAAGGCGGACCUUGGUCUCAUUUACACUUAUUAAUGUCCUAUAAACAACAUGAGGUCUGCUAAGCGGUGGCUGCUGGCCGGUUUUGCGCUUGUAUUCAUUUACGGAGCAGUUGAGUCCAAAAGGAAUUUUAAAUGCCCUUCAGGAUGCUCCUGCUCCAAGGAGACGAUCGUCUGCGUGGGCGCCUCGCAGAUCCCACGGACUAUACCGAGUGAGAUCAACUCGUUGAGCAUAGUAAAUGGGUCCAUUGCUGAAAUUACAGAGGGGAUGUUUGCACUUAUGCCUUCUCUGCAGCUACUGCUGUUAAAUGCAAACUCUUUGACCACAAUCAGAGACGAUGCUUUCUCUGGCCUUCCUCAUUUGGAAUAUCUAUUCAUUGAAGGGAACAAGAUUGAAACGCUGACCAAAAAUGCCUUCCGUAGUCUACGAGAUGUAACUCAUCUAUCCCUUGCCAACAACAAGAUGAAGUCUUUGCCAAGAGACCUCUUUUUUGACUUGGAUUCAUUGCUGGAGCUGGAUUUGAGGGGCAACUCUUUCCAGUGCACUUGUGAGAACAAGUGGCUGAUGAUGUGGCUGAAAAACACAAACGCCACAGUAUCAGAUGUCUACUGCGCAGGCCCCAGUGACAUGAAGGGCAAGCGUCUCAAUGACCUUCCUAUUCCACCGGGCCAGUGUAUCUCCACAGACUUUGUACGUCAUCAGUCCAUUCCCAUUCAGUCCAUGUCAGCAGACAUCUUCUCCUUUAAAGACGACAUCUACGUGGCCAUGGCUGCUCCCAACUCCAACAGCUGCAUAGUCAUGGAGUGGGAUCACAUCGAAAUGAAUUUCCGAAAAUUUGAUAAUAUUACAGGAAAGUCUGUCGUUGGAUGCAAGUCAGUCUUGAUUGACAACCACGUCUUGAUAAUUGUUACCCAGCUGUUUGGUGGCUCUCACAUUUACAAGUUUGAUGAUCAACAAAAUAAGUUCUCAAAGUUUCAAACUAUUGAGGUCUUCAACAUCUCGAAGCCAAAUGAUAUUGAGGUUUUCCAAAUGGAUGGAGAAUGGUACUUUGUGAUUGUGGACAGCUCCAAGGCGGGCCUGUCUACUCUGUAUAAGUGGACUGACCAACCUGACCGCAAUGAAACUGGAUUUCACUCAUAUCAGUACCUCCAUGAAUGGUUUCGAGAUACGGACGCCGAGUACGUGGAGGUGGAUGGGAAGUCCUACCUCAUCUUGGCCAGCCGCUCCCAGCCACCGGUCAUAUACCUGUGGAACAAGAGCACCCUGAAGUUUAUACUUCACGGAGAAAUCCCGAAUGUUGACGACGUGGUUGCAGUCAAAGCUUUCAGGAUGGAAGAUGGACUGUAUCUGGCCAUGACGUGUUAUAUCGGUGACUCCAAAGUGAUCAGAUGGACUAAUAAGCAGUUCACUGAAGUACAGGCUCUGCCCUCUCGAGGAGCCAUGAUCCUGCAACCUUUCACCUUCACAGACAGACACUAUCUUGCUCUUGGAAGUGAUUAUUCCUUCACACAAAUAUACCUCUGGGAUGUGGAAACCAAAACCUUCAAAAAGUUUAAGGACAUUUAUGUGCAGUCACCGCGGGCAUUCACUGUGGUGAGCACCGAUCGCAGAAAUUUCAUCUUUUCCCCCAGCUUCAAGGGCAAAUCCAUGGUGUUUGAGCAUAUUAUGGUAGAUUUAAGCUUAUAAUGCUAAGAAAAGCAAAAUACUGAUCACAGUAGGUGUCCCUCUGAUAGUGUGUGCUGAAAGGACUUGCAAAUGCGAUAUAAUGUUCUUAUGCAACUAUGUCUUUUGGGACAGCCAUGCAGGUUAUUUGCAUUUCUAACAAGCGUGUUCUGUAGGUAUAACUAAUAAUAGGCUGCAAGUGGAAAAUAAAAUGGUGCAAGAAAACAAUGGCAAUAUUUGAAAUGCAAAACAGCAUGAUGAUAACAAUACAGUGGUUUUUUGACAUAUUACCCAAACAGGGGUUGACUUUUACCACAAUUCUCUUUUAGACAAAGGGAUUUCCUAGAGGUAGGAUUAAAGCAAAAAUUAGGAAGCAUCUUGUCCCAGUAACUGUAAUGACUAAUGCUUUGUAAUGUUUUGUCCCCAGAACAUAAAUCUGAAUGUAAUUUGCUAAAUAGUAUAAUCUUAAGCAACAUGUAGUAAAGUCUCCUGCUCAGUAUUUAUAGUAAACUACUGUAUGAACAGAGUGCCUAACUAAAAGUAUUCUACUUUACUCAUGAUUUCUAUGCAAUUGUAUAUAGUGUUGUUUUGAAUUACAAUCACAAGUUUAACUCUUUGCUGCUAUAUAAAUUAAGAUGCAUUACAGGAGAUAUUUAUAUGAUUUUAACCCACAAGUGUGACCUCUUUUCUUCACUGAACCUUUACAGGCUUGAAUAAUGUUACAAAAAGCCAUCCAGCUGUACAUUAUUAAAAAUGUGGAUUUUUGCAAACAUUAAUGAAAUACUAUAUUAUUGUAUUUUUUUCCAUUCUUUUACUAUCUUAUUGUUAAACUAAUCUUUUAGACAGCACUCAUCUACAUAUUUAUGCAAUGUGUUUUGUUAAAAUGUGGAAAUGCAUUAAAAGAACAUCUAAUCAUA